GAUGGGUUCUCGCGAGGCCGAAGGGGAAAGAUGUGCUUGAGAAGGUCGGACUUGAUCGUUGCCGUUGGGAACAAGCUGCGAAUUAUGUCACUGAUGGACGCCAAGGCUGAUGAGGGAAAGGGAACGUAUAAGACCCUGGACACCUCUAUAAUUCAUUUCGAAAUCCUGGAGAUUGCUUUGAGUCCGACAGAGAAGAUGCUAGUCAUCGGUGGCGCACAUCAUGUUGCAGUUGUUGUACUACCCAAACCCGGAUACUCCAAAAUCAUCUCUCCGGAGCUUAAGUGCAGAUGUUUUGCUAUCGGGCCGUUCUUUCACUCGAGCCCCAAGGCAUCUCGGUUGGCUAGGGUCGACUGGCAUCCGUUUGGAGAGGGCGGCGCCUCCUUAAUGGUCUUGACUGAGGACGGCACAUUACGAGAAUACAAUGUAUUUGAAGAUGCCGAGGAGCCAAAGCAGACUGUGAACUUGUUUCCUCCGUCAUUGCGGAACUCUAGAGGGUACUCUAUGGAGACCCCUCGGCGAGCAGUUGCUUUUGCCUUCGGGUGGGGAAGGGACGACUGGAGUUCACUCACGGCCUUUUGUCUAACCAACAAAGGGGAGGUGUUUUCCAUGUGCCCUUUCAUGCCCAAGCGAGCGGUAUUACCUGUUUCUGUCGUGCAACAGCUCCUGAAGUCAACAGAAAUGAGCCUAAAAUCAGUCGUCGAUGACACAUCGAAUCCUCAGCCUGCACUUGAAGCUAGAUAUCAGCAGCAGCUUAAGUAUGUCAAGACUCUAGAGCGACAAUUAAAGCAAGAUAAUAAGAACGGAAAGCGGAAGGCUGCCAGCCCGCAGAAGCUGCAAUUGUCCGCGAGUGGCCCGAAAGCGGGAGAAGCAGGGUUUACGUUGCCAACAACUGUCAAAUCCAUGGUCGUUGCACAGGGACCAUACCGCAUUAUCCCUGAAUCUCCUGAAUUGGACGAUAGCAUCGAGUCCGAAGCCACCGACCUCAUAUACCUAGUGUAUGAUGACGAUACCUCAGAUCCUCUGAACAUCCUGGGUAUCGCUUGGGACAAUGGUAGAGUGGACAUUUGCCUUGAUCUGGAUCGAGUGGAGGGCAUGUGGAUUCCCGAUUCUGCUGUUCGCUCACAACAGGAAGCGCCAUCACUUUUCUUGUACGAGACGAUAGAUCUCGGCAUCGCUUCGGAGCUGGCAUCGGUCGUCCCCUCUAAAUCGACCACUCCGUAUCUCGACGGCAUGGACCACAACUGUCCCGUUUUUGUGCGAGAUCCCGUUUAUCCGGAUACUCUCUAUGUAUACCACAACUAUGGCGUGCAUUGCGUCAUCAUUCGAAAAUGGCUCUCAUCCUUACGAGCUGCUCUUUCCAAAGAUGGCGAUGAGUUGUCCGCUGCGUUGAAGGAGGCGAAGAUGAGCGAAGUGGCGUGUAUGGUCAGCACAAUCUCAAGUGUCUACGAACAACCGCACGAUGUAACAGGACUAGUAAUUGUUCAUGAUGUCUACCUUUCCUAUGGCUUGCUGGUUAUCACCUCGCCCCUCAAGUUGAUCGCUUCCGAACUCAAUCUUCGGGUUGACAGCCUGAGGGAUUCAACGGUCGCCUCUAGUCUACCAGAGGGUCCUGGGACACCUAAUAAACGUUCCCAGGCGUAUGUAUCACUCCUCGGCCGAGCGCCAUUCCAACUCCCAGAUCUCUUUACCCGAACGGACAACAUUCCGGCGGCAUCUGCAAAACCCGCCAUCAACGAUUUACGCACCUUUGGCACACAGGCAGAGGCGAUCGAGAUCCAGAUGAGCGACUUUGCAGCCGAGGCGAACAGGGUACAAGACCGGCUUAUCCUGCAGCGCAAGGAACUGGAGCGCCAGCUGGGAACACUGGUCGUGAUACAGAAAAAGACAAAGGAGGUCAUGCAGAAUGGCGAGUCCAUCCUUCAACCCAGGCUAGCGCAAGUCCUAGCCGAGCAAAAGGCGCUCCUGAAGCGUGCGGACAAGGUCCUGCAGCAGAUGAUGAACCACGCACAGCCGACAAUUACCGAAGCAGAAGUGGAAUGGAUCGACGAGCUGGAACGAAUGGAGCAAGAGUUUGAUGGAAAUGAGGAUUCGCUGGUGGCGAGGCGGGACGCUGUCCAAUGGCAGAUCGUCUCGAUUGAAGCGGAGUUGAAGCGAUUAGAGGUGCAGGAUGCCGUCUUGGGCAAGAGCUCAGUGAGAGAGUCUGGGAUUGGCAAGUCGCAGCUCGCAGCUAUUGAUCAGCGUUUGAGUCUACACCCUGGUUGAGCUGAAGGAUAUGCUGACAGAGGUUGAAGAUAAUCUGGAUCUGAAUC